GCAUCGGGGCUGACGAACCGCAGGAGCAGCGGCAGGCAGCGGCAGGCAGCGGCAGGAGCCAGUCCGCUCCACACGCUCCAUGUUGAGACGCAGCAGACCAACUUCUCCUCCACUCGACUCCCACCGUCCGACGCCGCUCACCCGCAGGACCCCCGCUAUAACUCACGCAUUCCUCCCCGUGCUAUGACGCCGGCGGACUGGGGAGGAAGCUCGCGAACAGCCGCCUGAGCGGCCGCCGUGGCCGACACACGGGGAGACAGGCUGCUCCUACAAAGGCUUCUGGAUGAGGUGUCGCCUGCGGCUCAGGUGAAAGAGGACGAGCAGGUUGUCAGGAUGAAGGAGGAGAAUUUGUUCCACCGGAGGUUUUCUCUGUGCCCCAACGCCACCUCUCCACCCAAAAUUGACCCCCGCACCCUCACCCGGAACCUGUCUUAUGGAGGAGACAACGACCUAUACAGCCUCAGCCCAGACAGUGAGACAGACAGGAACGGUCUCUCCAUGCUGAGUAAUGAACUUAGUCCUGCCCAAUCACCAGGCAGCAAGUCUGAGUCCAGGAUGUUUAAUGGUGUUGAGAAGGACUGCCCCUCCCCAACGGAGAAGCUGGCCCGGAAGGAGUCUCUCAAGGUCCAAAAGCAGAAUUACAGGCAAGAGAAGAAACGGGCAGCUAGAGAACUGUUCACUGCACUAAAGGACCCCAGUGUUGUCAUCAUGUCCAACUGGCUAAAGAUCCGCGGCUCUUUAAAGAGUUGGACCAAGUUGUGGUGUGCACUGAAGCCUGGAGUUCUUCUGAUCUAUAAGACCCCAAAAACGGACCACUGGGUGGGCACCAUCCUCCUCAGUGCAUGCAAGCUGAUCGAGAGGCCUUCAAAGAAGGACGGUUUCUGCUUCAAGCUCUACCAUCCGCUGGACAAAUCUAUCUGGGCUUUCAAGGGUCCCAAAGGAGAGAACGUUGGCUCAAUCACUCAGCCUCUACCUAGUAACUACCUGAUCUUCAGAGCUGCCUCAGAAUCUGACGGCCGAUGCUGGAUGGAUGCCCUGGAGCUGGCUCUCAGUUGCUCCAGCCUCUACAAGCGCACAGCCAAAGCAGGAAGAGAAGGAGACAUCAGCACGUCGUCAGAAUCCUCCCAUAUUCUCCACCUGCUGCAGUCUGCUGCACUCACUGACACUGAGCUGCUUCAGCUGAACGACAGCAUGCUGCUAGGCAACCACCUCAUGGAGCAUGACGGCUUUUCGGACAAAUCGGAGCGCGAGGCCCAUGACGACUGGGACGCGACGCCCAACGAGAACGGUGGACGGCUGACAGAAGAGAGUGACUUGGACCAGUCAGAUGAGCUGUCCCCCGGGCCACAGGCCACAGCCUAUGUAGAGCAGAGCACCGAGGAGAUGGCUGAGGUUGGGGAGGCGUCGCAGGUCGAAACUGUAUCAGAGGAGAACAAGGGUCUAAUCUGGGGCCUGCUGAAGCAGCUGCGGCCGGGCAUGGACUUGUCCAAGGUGGUGCUGCCCACCUUCAUUCUGGAGCCACGCUCAUUCCUGGACAAGCUGGCUGACUACUACUACCAUGCUGAUCUUCUCUCUCAAGCUGUGCUGGAGGAGAGUGCGUACGGUCGGAUCAAGCAGGUGGUCAGAUGGUACUUGUCUGGUUUCUACAAAAAGCCCAAGGGUCUGAAGAAGCCGUACAACCCAAUCCUGGGGGAAACCUUCCGCUGCUGCUGGCUUCACCCUGAGACCAACAGCUGCACUUUCUACAUAGCUGAACAGGUGUCCCACCAUCCGCCCAUCUCUGCUUUUUAUAUCUGCAAUAGGAAGGAUGGUUUUUCUAUCAGUGGAAGCAUCCUGGCCAAGUCCAAGUUCUAUGGUAACUCUCUGUCUGCUAUUCUGGAAGGCAAAGCCAGGCUGCUCUUCCUGAGCCGGGACGAAGAGUAUGUCAUCACAAUGCCCUAUGCUCACUGCAAAGGGAUCCUGUACGGCACUAUGACACUAGAGCUGGGUGGGAAGGUCACCAUUGAGUGUGAGAAGACAAAAUGUUUCACAGAGCUGGAGUUCAAACUAAAGCCUUUCCUGGGAGGCUCCUCCUCCGUGAAUCAGAUCAGUGGGAAGAUCUCUGUGGGAGAGGAGCUGCUGGCCACUGUUGAUGGACACUGGGACAGCGAGGUGUUCAUUCAUGAAAAGCGCUCGGGCCAGCAGGAGACUCUGUGGAACCCGACGACAGACAUCCGCAGCAGCCGCCUCAAGAGGCAAGUGGUUCAGAUCGACCAGCAGGGAGUGUUUGAGUCUGAAAGACUGUGGCAGCAUGUGACCAGCGCCAUCAUGGAUCGGGACCAGAUGCGGGCCACCCAGGAAAAGUUUGUGCUGGAGGAAGCUCAGCGGUGUGAGGCCAAGGAGAGAGGAGACAAUCCCUGGGUCCCGCGACUUUUCCACCAGGACCCCGUCACGUCUGAGUGGACAUACAGGCAGAUGGACACGCGGCCGUGGGACCCUGAGCGCUGUGUGCUUCAGUUUGAGAAGGACGGAGUGAUUCAGACGCACGAGAAAAGCCAGAGACGACACAACGAACUCUCGUACAGCCACAGCUGGGCCAGCCAACAGAAGGCGGAGGUGAACGGGAAGCACAGGAAGGCGAGCAGCCAGCCGUCAAGCUGCAGCCAGAACACGGAGAGCAGCAGCACCACACCCGAACCCACGCACGAGUCCUCGGACAAUGAAGGCUUUUCAAAGCAGUGUGUUCGGUGCAGUAAAGAGUCGAAGGACAUCGCCCAGAUAGAGGCCUCUGUCACAUCGAUACAGAAGACGCAGCAGGAUAUACAGAGGAACCUGGUGGCCCUGAGUCGUCAGCUGGCUCGUCAGAGGGCGACAGAGGACGGCGUGUCGUUGACGGGACGUCACUGUCUCAUCCUCUGCGUUCUGCUCCUCUCUCAGCUCCUCCUCAACUACGUUUUCACCUGAAACCCCGCCCCUCGGGGGAGGGGGAGGGGUUUCCCUCUGGCACUGAUUUGGCAUUAGAUCCUUCCAAAAAGCACAGACUCUAAUCAGCAACUGGGGGCAGAGACCUCAGAUCAGUGUCAGGGGGGCAACUUUGUCCCUGUUUGUUUUCACUAAGAGGGGCGGAGCACAGACAUUAUAGCAAUAAACACAGCCACAGCCACCGCCUGUCAGUCAUCUGCAGAGAGGAACGGCACCCCCUAGUGUAGCCAGACUGAAACAGCACCGGCACCCACGCACUUUGGACAGGAAGGAGGGACGAGAGACGGGAGCUCGGCUAAAAAAAAGAUUUUGAACAUAAGGAUGAAAUGUAUAAUGAAUAUGAAGAAUGAUUUCACACAAAGAAAUGACAGAGAGGAUGUUUCACCAUUCCUUAGUGUCUUUUAAUAUUGCCCUGCAAUACUGUUUUAUCUGUGAGUGUGCUUGUGUGUGUGUUGUCCGUACCUACAGUACAGUAGGCCCUAUGGGCGCAGGCAGAUCACCGCUCGGACUUCUCCUUCUCCCCUUCCACUCCAGAUUUUGGGCCUUAACGCUGAAGCCAAAAAGAAGAAGAAGAAGAAGAAAAACACAAACAGACUAAGAAGGAAAAAUCUUCCAACAGUGCAAUUCUUUGCGUUUUGUAUGAUAUACGCUGAAAUACACUCCUGUCAUGUCUUUUAAUGAUGAUGAUUUUACCAAAACAGUAUUUAUAAUCUGAGAGAGAGCAAAGAGUGUUUUUUUCACAGGGAGCACAGUGUGUGUUUGUUGUGAAACACCAAGGAGGAAGGAUCACGGGAACGAUGGCAGGGCAUAGAGCCAAACAGUGUCUUCGAAUUUGUGUGUGCCUGUAGCGCCGUAGCUGAAGGGAUAAUAGCAUCGCAAUGCUUUGGUCGAGACCACGACACUAGUGUGUACAAUCAGUUACGUAAAGAAGCAGAACGCGAAGGGAGAGAGAGAGAGUGUGAACAAGUGGGGAAAAAAAACAAGAUGAACUGGAUACUUGGGCCUGAAAGAAGGAGUUUGUGUGUAUGCAUGAGUGUGUGCACCAUGGUCCACACCAUGUUCACGUGAGUGUUUAAUGAUGUAAACACUUUAGUUUUUUUCUUUUAAUCAAUUUGUAUAUAUUUGUCUCAUGAUCUGUGUUUCAAAAAGAGAUUUCAGAAUGUAUUUAUUGGGUGAUUAACCUCGACUUUCCUAAUCUAAUUCAUCUUGGAGGACAGAGACCAGGAGUGACAAUCGCUCUCCUAUCAGUGUGUGUGUACAUGUGUGUUUGUAUGUAUGCGUGCGAGCGUGUGUGUGUGUGUGUGUGUGUGUGUGUGUGUGUGUGUGUGUGUGUGUGUGUGUGUGUGUGUGUGUGUGUGUGUGUGUGUGUGUGUGUGUGUGUGUGUGUGUGUGUGUGUGUGUGUGUGUGUGUGUGUGUGUGUGUGUGUGUGUGUGUGUGUGUGAGGGCGCAUGUGUGCGAGUAAGCCUUUAUGAGUCGUGCUAAACAAAGCCAGGUCUGUGAGCCUGGUGUCUAACAUUGAAUUUGCCAUUACUGGUCCACCCGAGGGGAGAGGAAACGGAGAGCACACGAAGGAAGGAACUCCACUCUUUGAAUGCUUUUAUUCACACGUUCUAUUUGUUUAUUCUUUUAAUUCGUUUUUCCACUCUACUGCCACGCUGUGGGGAUUCUACAUGCCAGACACUUUUUUUGUUAUACGGAAUGAAACUACAGAGAACAUGUUGUUGCCUGAUGUUUUUCAUUCAUACCUGUUGCGUACUGUAGCACUACAGUAAAAAACUAAUUUAACCAUGA